AGCAACCAAAACUUGACUUCUCUCGCGGAACGCACGAGCAUCGAUAUCAACAACCUUCCGGUGGAGGGGAUAUUUGAGAAGGCUCACCAAGACACCAGUUAAUCCCACCCUUUAGGGAGUCGUUCUGCCUCGAUCUCUAGGCAUUGGCACUACGUAACGCUGUCCACUCCAAGUCUCUUCUCUGACCUACUCCUCAACCAGCGUCUCGGCUUCAUCAAUCUAGACCGUUACCUUCUUCAAACCAUCUGUGAGUCGCUGGAAGUGCACAUUGCAGACUGGUUCGAGUGGCACUCAUCUGAGCUCGACAAAUUGAAGAAAAUUUUCGAGGCGUUCAACCGUCACGACCAUAGUGGUUUGACGAUGUGGGAAACAUUCGUACACUUGGCUCACGCUGCACUCGUCCAUUCCGUUGGUCUCCACCCAUGCCUCUACUUCUCAAGCUCGGGUUAGAGAAAGAAAGGUCCUGUGUAUGCUGUAUGCUUCCUAUCAGGUCUUAGAACAGCUUGUCCUCUUCAUCGCCGACGCCGCACAUGUCUCCUACUCUCCAUACUUGCCCGCCGCUUCCCGACGAGACUCGCUGGCACACCACUCUGAGGGAGACUAUCGGAUGCCUGGGGGCAUGGAAAUAUCCGCGCGCUCUUCUUUGCAUAACUCGCUGGGGCUCACCUCAACUCCAGCCACUCGUACGCGUCCUGUUCACGUUCACGGUCAUACGCUCUCCGGACCCAUCGAUACUCGCUCUAUCUUGGCCAAAUACCCGAAGGAGUGGCACAAGUCUCUCGAGCGCAUCUACGUGGAGCACUCUGGUCGAAACCCGUUUGGAUUCACGCCGCCCCAAGCCUCAUCUCGCGUCCAUCCUUGUGUUCCGGAAACCCCCUCUCCAUGCAGCAACCUCGUCUCCGAGCUUGACCAAGACGGCGCUGGCAGCCAUGGUAGUUUCUCGUCGCCGUGCUCCGCUCGUGAGAGAGCUACUCCCAUCGAGCGCGCGCAGAUGUGGUCGUUCCGCUUUCCCACCACUAGCCCUAGUGUCUUCUCUCCCGUGGCAACGUCCCAGCCCCAGGCUCCCUUUCAGCAUGAGCACACAGCGGCGAAUGACACGUUUGGCUGCGGUGAUCAAAGUGGGGUGCUGCAGCUGAACCACGUCGUAGAUGCGUCCCCUCUUAACGACACGAUCCAGCACGAGCAGUGCCAACUUACUUCCAUGGAUAGUGAUGUCUUUGACCCCAAUGAGUACGAGGUUGAAUUCUAUCACAAUGCCGACUCGGCUGACUCCUGCGUCAGCUUGACGCUCGUCUCCGGUGCUUGGCCCCAGGGUUCCUCUAGCGUUAAGCUUGCCGCGUCGAUCUCUUCUUCGGGUUCUUCUAGGUCGUCCAACGAGCACGUCGCCCCUGCCUUCUCUCUCGAUGAUGUCGCGUGUGCAGAGUCGCUCAUGCAGUCUAUCGCGUCAAUAGAGCCUGUUUCCGCUCUGGUGCGUGAGUGA